AUGCUGUUCUUACUUUCGGUCGCCGCUUGUUUCUUUCUUGUUAUUAUGCUCAGCUUCCGAUACCGAGAUACUCUCCUUCCUCAUGUUCCUUCUGGCAUUCGGAAACUCCUACCUGCGACAUUCAACAACUACCAGCCUCUUUCGACCUUUGAGCAACAGAUUGGAGCUGGGAUGACUUCUAGCGACUUUGAUAUUGAAGCCAACUUGCAUGGAGGUGAUUCUAGAAUGGGACUAGAUGAGGCUGGAACUAGGGAGGUUAUGGAGAUCAUGCGUCGUGAGCGGGUCAACUUUGACCAAGCACGACUUAUCCGCCACAACCGAAUCCUGGCACAGAAUGGCAUUGACCCAUCAGGCAUGCCCAUUGACGCCAAAGCCGUUACUCGUCUCUGA